CAAUAUAAGCGUUUACAAAAACAAGAAAAGGUGAAGAUGAAGGAGAAAACAGAGUAAAAUAUAGAAAGAGAAAGAGAGAGAAAAUCUUAUGUAUCAAUUUCUUGACUAAGCUCUAUUCUAUUUCAUUUGUUUGUUGUGAGUUUUGUUUGAUUGAUUCAUUUACUCUGUUUGUAUCCAAAUAUAAUAAUUAGUCACUCACUCUUUUUAUUGUUACGAUCGGAUCUGAAAAAGGGAGAGGACCCAGAAAGAAAAAGGUGCAAAGCUGUUACCCUUUUUAAGUGGAAAGGGUCUCAAUAAUCAUGGCACAUCAUUCAUUUUUCUCCAUUUGAUAAUCAGUGUUUAUACCAAAAAAUUACAAUGGAGUCUCUUGUUGAUGGAAUCAGUUCCUUGCCGAACGUUCACAAUUCAUUCGCUGCGGUUGAGUGCAAUACAUCUUUGGCCUCCAAGAUAAGUCAUCCUCCUUUGAUGAAACAAUCCGAAAACAAAGAGGCAUCUAUCUCAUAUCCAAUAGCGAUGGACCUUGGUUCCACCGUAGCUCAUACUCAAACUGGAUCAGUGACUGGUUCAAAGCAUUUUAAAGCAAAUGAAGAUACUGUAAAUCAAUCAGCAGAAGGUUGUUCAGGAGAACAGGUUUUGGCUUUGGAAACUGAAUCAUCUAUCAAGGAUUUACAUCAUGUUUCGAAAAAUGGUACUUCAAACGAUGAUUUGAAUGCGACUGCCAAAGACUCAGGAAUCACCUACUGUCCUAGUCCUCAAAACAGUUUUUAUUCUGCUACACAGUACACAGAAGCCAAACAAAGUUUUUCCAACACAGAAGUCAGUGAAUGCGCUAGCAGCACUGUGGACAAGUCUGGUGAAAGUGGUGAUGUUAGCAACUCUUGUGAUCUUGUUGAGAGCAGAAAAACAAGCUUCUACAGAGGCAGCACAGGUAGUGACGUUAGUGAUGAAAGCAGCUCUAGUAGUUUCAAUAGCACAGUAUAUAAACCACAUAAGGCAAAUGAUACAAGGUGGGAUGCAAUACAAGUUAUUAGAGCCCGUGAGGGAACAUUGGGUUUUAACCACUUUAGACUGUUGAAGAGAUUGGGAUGUGGUGAUAUAGGAAGUGUUUUUCUAGCAGAGUUGAUUGGCACAAGAUGUUUCUUUGCCAUGAAAGUGAUGGACAAGGCAGCUCUAGAAAGUCGCAAGAAACUCGUGAGAGCUCAAACGGAAAGAGAGAUACUGCAGUCUCUGGAUCAUCCCUUUCUACCAACACUGUAUUCGCACUUUGAAACAGAUAAAUUUUCGUGCUUGGUGAUGGAAUUCUGCCCUGGUGGAGAUUUGCAUGCACUUAGGCAAAAGCAGCCAGGAAAAUUCUUCCCGGAGCAUGCUGCCAGGUUUUACGUGGCUGAAGUCCUUCUUGCUCUAGAGUACUUGCACAUGCUUGGAAUCAUUUACAGAGACCUUAAACCAGAGAAUGUUUUGGUUCGAGAAGAUGGCCAUAUAAUGCUUUCUGAUUUUGACCUCUCCUUGAGGUGUGCCGUGAGCCCAACUCUAGUUAGAUCUUCAAAUUCAAGCUUAGAGUGCAAGAGCUCAUCAUACUGUGUCCAGCCUGCUUGUAUUGAGCCAUCUUGUGUCGUACAGCCUGCAUGUAUACAACCUUCAUGUUUUACACCACGUUUUCUAAGCAAGAACAAGAAAGAAAAGAAGUCCAAACAAAAGACAGAAACAUAUAACCAAGUGAACCGGCCUCUUCCAGAACUCCUUGCUGAACCAACGAGUGCUCGAUCAAUGUCUUUUGUGGGAACACAUGAGUACCUAGCUCCAGAAAUUAUAAAGGGUGAAGGACACGGCAGUGCUGUAGAUUGGUGGACAUUUGGGAUCUUUCUCUAUGAACUCUUGUUUGGACAAACUCCUUUCAAAGGUGCAGGCAACAGGGCAACAUUGUUUAACGUUGUUGGACAGCCCUUGAAAUUUCCUGAAACACCUAGUGUUAGUUUUGCAGCAAGGGACUUGAUAAGAGGCCUACUUGUGAAGGAGCCACAACAUCGCCUUGCAUAUAGGCGAGGGGCUACUGAAAUAAAACAACAUCCUUUCUUCCAGAAUGUGAACUGGGCACUUAUAAGAUGUACCAGUCCUCCAGAUGUACCAAAGCCGUCCUCCAUGACAUAUGAUAUGCCCCGAACACCACCAGCAGGAAAGGCCCCCGGACUUGAUGUGAAGCCUUCAGGUAAUUAUUUUGAGAUUGAUUUCUUCUGAAGAAUUCUUUUCCUUGGCAGCAAUGCCCCCAUUGCCGUUCUACGAAGAGCUCAACGUUGAGGAAGACACAGUUUUUGUGUUCCUUUAUGCUAAUGUAAAGUGCAUACUCUGUUGAAAUGCAAGAUGCAUAGGAAUUAGAUGGUGAAGGCCAUUUUUCUUUGUAUAAGUAUGUUGUUGAUAUUAAUGAAGAAGGCCUUGAUGUGGCUAUAAAGCUAGGCAUUGCUGGAUGUGAUGUUUUAAAAUUUUCAAUUGAAGAAUCAAAAGUUGAUGUGCCA